UAACCACAGCCACCCAGAGAUAGAGGAGAUCUCCCUGGUGGUCCGUCGCCACAUGAACCACCCCCCCAGCAGCACCUUUCACCCCCAGGACUUCAGUGACCUCAUCAGCUUCAUCCUGUAUGGCAGCCUGCAUCGUGGAGGGUAUGCUCCUUGGCUCUGUGUGUGUGGGGGGGGGGGGGCUGACCUGUGUGUCAUCUGCUAACGUGGGUCCCGUGCGGCUCAGUUGGUAGAGCGUGGUGCUUGCAACGGCAGGGUUGUGGGUUGGGUUCGAUUCCCACGGGUUACCAGUAUGGGGUGGGGGUAUGAAAAUGUAUGCGGGCACUACUGUAAGUCACUCAGGAUAAGAGCGUCUGCUAAAUGACAAUGUAAAUGUGUCAUCUGCUAACGUGUGCUGAUAUCUGUUAACCUGUGUGUGUCUGUGUGUUUAUCUGUUAACCUAUGUGUGUCUGUGUGUGUCUCUCCCUACAGUAAAGAGCCGUGGCUGGAGCGUCUGUACCACAGCUGUCAGCGUCUGGAGAAGCGUGAGGGUGGUGGUGGCUCAUCAGGUGGUGAAGGGGGGGUGUGUGGCUCCGGCCCGGGUGGGAGUGCGUGUGUACCACGGGGUCUGCUGAAGACGGAGGCGGUGCUGUGGCAGUGGGCGGUGUGGGAGGCAGCUCAGUUCACCGUGUUGUCUAAACUCCGCACCCCGCUGGGACGGGCACAGGACACCUUCCAGACCAUAGAGGGUAAGGGCUGUUACGCAGGCACCAAAACUCACGUUCACUCACUAAAACUCACAAAAACACUCAGUCCAGGGUUUUCCCCCAUUAUGUUUUUUAACACGGUGUUGCUGAUCAGGUGGGGGAGGCCUGGAGUGGGGUUUUUUUUUGCGUUUCUGAACCCCUGUAGCUGCACCCCUGUAGCUGAACCCCUGUAGCUGCCAUUUCCUGCAAUUUAGUGUCUUAAACCAGGGGUGUCAAACUAAUUUUGCCCCGUGGGCCGCAUUCAGUAUUCAGCAUGGUCCGCAGGGCUGCUCUGAAAAUGGGUUAUAUUUCCUUUUUCAAUGCUCCCUGACUGUCUAGCUUUCGUGUCGGUGAUCAGUCUAUUGGCGAGCUGGACAGUCAAGAAACUGUAUGACUAUAGGUCCAUUAUCAUUUCUACACAGUUUCCAUUUGGUGGUAGUAAUUUUAAUGUAUAUUAAGCGUCCCCCCCACAAUAACUCAAACACUACUAUCGCCUAUCCAAGCCAAUCCAAGCCUAUACACAUUUUGGAUGUACAUGUUGCCUCUUUCAAGAACAUAUUCUUUGCUCCCUCCCUCCCUCCCUCCCUCCAGGUAUGAUCCGCAGCCUGGCGGCCCACAGUAUGAACACGGAACAGGAGCUUAGCCAAUGGAGCGCCGGCGACACGGACGACGGUCACCAUAGCAACCAGCUGCGUCUGGCGCUGCUCUUGCAGUUCCUGGAAAACCUGGAGAAACUGAUGUACAACGCCUACGAG